GUGAAGCUCAUCCACUAGUUUUUUUUCCUGUUACUGAGAGGUACUCAUUCUCUCUCCUCAAGCCAAAAGGCACGAGUGUUUUUCUUUGCGUUCUUCACCACUGUCGCCAUGUUCCCCAGGGUGAUUUUGAAGGGAACUUUGAUAAAAAAAUCUCAACAAAAGAAGAGAACAUCACCAUGCAACUAUAAAGAGAGGUUUUUUGUAUUGGACACACAAGACCUGAAAUACUCUGAACGCCGCCCUGGAAGAAAGCCCAUGCAGAAAGGUUGCAUCGAGCUGUCCAGGAUCAAAUGUGUGGAGAUUGUGUGUAGCGAUCAUCCAAUACCAUGCGACUACAAGUACCCUUUUCAGGUUUUUCACAACAUCUACUACCUGUACAUCUUCGCCCCAGACAAUGAUUGCCGCCUGAGAUGGGUCAGAGCGCUGAAAGAGGAAACAAAGCAUAACGAUUUGGUCACUAAAUAUCACCCAAACUUCUGGAUGGAUGGAAAAUGGAGAUGCUGCCAACAAACAGGGAAACUGGCGACAGGUUGUCAUGUGUAUGACCCAGUGGCUUAUGCUUCUAAAAAGCCACUUCCUCAACUCCCAGAUCCAGAGAUGGGACUGCCUGACACAGGUACAGUCAUCGCCCUGCAGGACUACACACCCCCCGGAGGCGCUGACUUGCCCCUUCGGAAAGACCAGGAGUACCUCCUGAUCAACAAAGGCCACUGGGACUGGUGGGCCGUACGGGAUAACAAAGGAAACACAGGCUUUGUGCCCAGUACGUAUGUUGCAGAAAAGUCUGGCGCCAACUUCCAGAGAUUUGAAUGGUACAACAAAAACAUAACCAGAGGCGCUGCAGAGGAUUUGUUAAUGAAUCAGGGCAAAGAAGGCGCCUUUAUGGUGCGUGACUCAAGACAAGCAGGAGUCUACACGGUGUCGGUCUUCACCAAAGCACCGGGCUCUAAUGGGGAGAAGAAUCCAAGAAUCAAACAUUACCAAAUUCGACAGACAGAAACUGCAGAGCCCAGGUUCUACCUGGCAGAGAAGUACCUGUUCAGCACCAUUCCUGAGCUCGUCCAUUACCAUCAACACAACGCUGCGGGCCUGAUAACUCGUUUGCGACACCCAAUAUCUCAAGAUGGAGGCUGCUCGAAGGACACCGCCGAUCGCUCGACAGAUCAGUGGGAACUGGACCCGGAGGAGCUGACUUUCGGUCGGGAGUUGGGCAGCGGCCAGUUCGGCCUCGUGCUGGAAGGGAGGUGGAGGGACAGGAAGGUGGCCGUGAAGACGAUAAGAGAAGAGUGCAUGUCAGACGACGAUUUUAAAGAAGAGGCGAGAGUCAUGAUGAAGCUGUCUCACUGUAAGCUGGUCCAGCUCUACGCCGCGCGCACCCAGUGUUCCCCCAUGUGUCUGGUGUUUGAGUUCAUGGACAAGGGCUGUCUGUCGGACUACCUGCGAGCCAAGAAGGGGCGCUUGUCCCAGGAAAUGAUGUUGAGGAUGUGUAUGGAUGUCAGUGAGGGGAUGGCUUACCUGGAGAACUCCAACUUCAUCCACAGGGAUCUGGCUGCCAGGAACUGUCUGGUUUCAAAGAACAACGAGGUGAAGGUGUCCGACUUUGGCAUGGCCAGAUACGUGCUCGAUGAUCAGUACACAAGCUCCCAGUGCUCCAAGUUCCCCGUCAGGUGGUCGGCGCCAGAGGUCAUCAAGUUCUCCAAGUUCAGCAGCAAGUCUGACAUCUGGUCCUUUGGUGUGUUCAUGUGGGAGGUGUAUAACGAGGGUCGACUUCCUUAUGAGAACCACUCCAAUGUGGAAGUUGUGGAGUCCCUGAACAAAGGCCUGAGGCUUCUGAAGCCACGCUUGGCCCCGGAAGCCAUCCACGGGCUCAUGGAGUGGUGCUGGAAGGAGAAACCAGAAGACCGUCCGUCCUUUGCUCUCCUCCUGCAUGAGCUGCCCUCACUCUAAGACCUGUGGAGAUAAGAUUUGAGGUUGAAAAGGAUCAAUGAAGCUAUUUAUUUUAUUUAUUGAUGUACCGAUUCUUGGUUAAGAUGAUUGAAAGGACAGUUUUAGAAUUCCACAAUGUAGCACUUUACCUGUUUCAUACUGUAUCUGUGUAUGCAGUCUAUUCCUGAGAAGGCUCCCGCGGCUAGUUCUGCUUGCUGCACGUUUGUAGUAGGGUUGCAAAAAUACUAAUUGGGUUGGCGAACGUGCGAAACCAUUGACAAUUAAAUGGGUCCAUUGUCAUGAAAUGUUCCAAUUUCUUUUGGGCCAACGUAGGUUUUUAUGCAUAAUUUCACCAGUGCAAUAAAGAAACUGCUGAAACAACAAAGUCCUCUUCUUUACUAUUAAAGCUAAUGCUCAGCAGGCGAUGAAAUGGCAGAUGAAGGAUCAGCCUCGCUUGGUUUUCUCCCAGAGCGCUCUGCUCCGCAGGUGUAAGGAAGAGCUACAGGCCGUGGUGUAAUCUCACCACGGCCUGACAAACGUGUCAAA